CGGCGGGUUCCGCCCUCGCGCUGGGGAGGAGUCCGGGAGCAGAGCUGUAGGUGAAGCCCCUUUCACACCCUCCUCGCCUUCCCUACCGACAACAUGCUCCAGUUCCUGCUUGGAUUUACUUUGGGCAACGUGGUUGGAAUGUAUCUGGCUCAGAAUUAUGACAUGCCAAACCUGGCCAAAAAACUUGAAGAGAUUAAAAAGGACCUGGAAGCCAAGAAGAAACCCCCUAGUUCCUGAUGCCUGCCCAGCACUGUGCUCUGGACCCAAGUUCCCUCCCGAGGGGCCUGCCUCCUUCGUAGCCGCAUCCCAAAGCUGUGUUCCUCCUCAGCCUCAGACCUUGCCUGUUGCCUUAGAACCAACAUGGGGCCAGAAGUCAAGGUUACCAGCAGCUUCCCUUCCUCCUGUAACUUCCGUCCAGCUGCUUCUGAGUCCUAAGACUGCAAUAUGGUGCUAGGUUAGCAAUCACAAUCUUUAUUAGUGCUCGCCUACCUGUCCUCUGGGAGCUACCACCUGUUGUCAAGAGAAGGAUGAACGGAUUCGGAUAGCUGAUUUCACCGUCUAGCAGUUACAAUAGGAGCGUGUUACAUGUUUGUUACUAAAUUUUGUUGUCAAAGUAAUUAAAAUCAAUACAUUCAAGCCAGUUUCUGGUGAAUUAUCCAUUUAUUUUGUUAUCAAGGAGCUCCAUGAUUGAUAAUUUAACCAAUAAAUCAUUUGCUUAUCAUUAACCAAGAAACUGAAUUCUGUAAGAACUUGGAAAUUUUAAAACAUACAACCUUACUGUUGUCUGAGUAGAGUUCAGUCUAUUUAUUCUGAGUGUUUUUCCUUAAUGAGUGUUUGCUCUGACUCUGCUGUCAAAAGACCCAUUCGACAUUAUAUGACAGGUGGAUAAGUGGGAAGCUGUUGGUAAAGGACUGUUAAUUUUUUAAGUUAUGUAUUGACUUUAUAGCUAUUCCCUCACAGAGAAAUGAGGUCCGGAUGUGUGAUAAAAUGAAACCAUGGGGAAAUUCUGCAUGGUCCGAAUAUGCAGUAAGAUGGGACUGUGGCACAGUUGGAGCUCCCCUGCCUGCAUCAGAAUGGAUCAUCAAGCAUCAUCAUCUUUUUUUUUUUUUUUUUUUAAAAACAGUUUCCCUGUGUUACCCAGGGUGGUCUUGAACUCCUGGGCUCAAGCAGUCCUCCUGCCUUAACCUCUGGGUGCUGGGACUGCAGGUGUGCACCACGGUGUCUGUGUAGUCCAUAACUUUUAAAGUAAAGAAUAUUCUAACAGGUACCUAACUUUUCCCCAGGAGAUGAUAUGAAAGUGAUUUCCCGCGAAGGCUCUUUUCAGAGUCCGUCUUGUUCCCAGGUACAGUUCCUCAGGCGAUCCCCAUUGUCAGGUUCCUGGGGACCCUCGAGAGCGUGUCUAAGCACAUUGUGUCUUUGGUUUUUUUUUUCUUUUACGUGCUACUCUUUGCCUUUUGGCUCUUCAGUUUUUUUGUUUUUGUGUGCACCACUGCCUGACUUGCUUUUUUAUUCUUAGUGGAAUGCAUCCCAUGCCAGUACGUUAAGAACAGGGAACCUAACUCCUCUGUUCACAAUGUAAGAUUCGAUUGAAUGGUAUUUCACAAUUGAAUGUGCUACUGGUGAAUGUUUAGAUUGUUCUUUUGCUGUUGUGGUGAUAGCAACGAACCUGCUGGCCAUAUCCACCCAGAGUAUAGCUGUAAGAUAAAGCCCUGAAAGUCAAGUUUGCAUAAAGAUAGUGUCUUGCUUCAGAGGGCUCAUUGGGCAGCUUCUCUGACAGUGCUUUUCUGAAGAUAUUUUAGUGGACAGCAGGUUCAAGGAUUACUUAGGAGAUACCUGUUUGCAUAAGGGGUGACACUGACAUGGGAGUCAGAACAUGGCGCUCCUAUUUGGAGAUGCAUUUUAUCCCUGUAAAAGUCCUCCUCUGAUGGGAGACAAGAAGAGCAGUCACUGUGACUUAUCCCUAGCAGUGGGGAGUGGGCAAGUGGUGUUUUCUUCUGAAACUUUGUAACACCUACCUCAUGAGGGUUUCAUGGGAAACAGUUGAGAUGAUGUAUGUGCUCUGUUAUGCUGUGCUUUGCAGACUAUCCAAUAAAUAGCAGAUAUUAGUUGAAACAUGCUGCUUUGGGCCACACUACUUUUGUGUUUCUGCACUCACUUUUGAACAGGUUCGUGAGUCACGUAGAGUGUGGUGGUAUUCUGUGGCUAGUCUUUUGGGUAGUAAUGAAAAUAUACAGUGUCCGGUAUCUCCUGCCCUUGUACCGCCCAGCUCACACAAUCUAACUGUAAAUGACUAACUAGGUCCUUAGCAGAAGAAGAGAGGUUUGUCAGCUUUGAGGAUAUUCAGAAUUCUGGGCAGAGGCUCACUUAGCAAGCUGUGGCAAAGAAGAAUCAUCAUGACAGCAUUGUUAUUUGAUAGCUG